UAACAAUCGCACAUGGCAUUGCACAAUCCUGCGAACAAGGGAAAACCCCAGAGACGGCCUAUUUAAGAAGUGAGCGGAGCACAGUCUGCCACACUCUCACUGAAUGCCCUCAGACACGCUCAGGACACAUCCGCCACAAAGAACGCCACGCUCCGACACACAGCAGCAUCUAGCAGCCACCUGACGAACCAUGGCAAGCAGCAGAAUGAUUCUCCUGACAACCUUGUGCUCUCUCCUCAUCAUGAGCACCUUUAUCGACAGCACACACUCAGCAAGCUGCUGUCUGUGGUACACAAGCCGACCCUUGAAAUGCAGCAGGCUGCUGGGCUACACCAUCCAGACUAUCAACACCUCCUGCGACAUCAAUGCCGUUAUCUUCCAUGUCAAAGGACGGUUUUUGUGUGCCGACCCAUCCUCCAGCCACACCCAAAAACUGAUGAGGUGCUUUGAUGAAAAGAGGAAGAGCAAACAGGUUCAAAAGGACAAGAUCCCAAUAACCUCUGCAUCGACCUAAACCUUCAACAACUCCUGAUAUGACUCACAGACGUAUACGCCCAAGGAAAAUAUACUCAAUUUAAACCUUUUUAAACUACUGUAACAGGGACUAUGUUUUUUUUGUUAGUUUUCUGCUAAUAUUUGUUCUGUUUUAUAAACAGGGAAGAGUAGUAUGCUUGGUACAUACAAAAAUGUAAGCUGGUAAUACUGUUCUUAAAAAAACAACCACUAAUAUUCCUUUUUAUAUAUUUAUGUAAAUGUCUGUGGUGCUCAUGUGGUAAUAGUUAUUUUAUAUUUUGUUGUCAGACAAAAUGAACAUGAAUUAUUUUAUUAAAAAGAAGGGACCACCUUAAUUUAUAUUAUUUAAUAAUUUAUUGAAAAACACACAUUCUUGAUUGAACAUUUGUCAGUCAUUAUGUUUGACUUCAUCCACCAUGACCCACGAGGCAAUUUCACAACUUCACUGUAAUGUCUACAUAUGUGAUAUUAAAUAAACACUUCAAAUCAA